CACGACGGCACGGGCCGGGGAAUCGCGCACCUGACCGCCGGAAACCGGAGGCGGGAGUAUAUAACCGCCUCCGCCCUGGGAAAAACUGCGGCAGGAUAUAAUUGGCUACCGGCCGACGGCACCGACCGCGCGAGCGCCAGUUAGGCAAAGGAGCACUCGCUGGUCGGUGGUCGCUGGCGGCGGGCGCGAGCGCCGAGGCGCACGCCAUCGUGUGUGGGGUUGAUGGGCGCGGCGGGAUGGGCGAGAGGGGCCCGACCAUGAGGCGGCUGAGCGGGGCGUCGAACGGCGGCAGCGGCGGCGGCGGCAAUGCGGGAGGGGGCUCCGGCGCCGCCGCCUCCGGGCAGUGGGAGGAGGGCGGCGGCAAUGCGGCGCGGAUCCGCGGCGUCAACUCGGGGAUCAUGGACGAGAAGGUGCUGGAGCUGGUGUUCCGCGCGCUCAACUGGGACCCGCAGUCGCUGUGCGUGGUGGCGCGGGUGAGCCGGCGGCUGCGCGCCGUGGCGGAGCGCGUGCUGUGGCGGGAGCUCUGCGUCUCCCGGGCGCCGCGGAUGGUGGCGGCGCUGACAGGCGGCGCCCCCGCGUCGGCCCCCGCCGCCGGGCGGAUCGGCGGCGGGUGGCCGGCGCUGGCGAAGCUGCUCCUCUUCUGCUGCGGCGCGGCGGGUGCGGCGGUUCCCGGCCACUUCGCGCCCGUGUCCCGCUUCUCCAAGACGUCCGGGCGGAGCUUCCUGUCGCGGCGGUGCGCGGGGGACCUGCUGUACGUGUCGGACCCCUGCGAGCACGCGGUGGCCGGCGCCGCCGACGACGUGGGCGCCUACCGCGGCGUGUUCCGCGGGUUCAUGCGGUCCCGGACGCGGGCGUGGCUGGUGGGCCACCGCGCGCCGCUGGAGCCCCGGGUACGCUGCCCCUACUGCGGCGCGCGCGUCUGGAGCAUGACGGCCGCGGGGCUCGCCCCGCGGAGCGCGUCGCGGCGGCUCGGCGCCAACGAGGGCCAGCUCGAGUACUUCGUCUGCGUCAGCGGCCACCUCCACGGCAGCUGCUGGCUCGCGCGCCUCUCCGACAGCGACGGCGCCGGGCACGGCGGCUCCGACGCCGACGACGCGUCCGCCGACGAGGACGAAGACAAGCUGUGACUGACCCGCCGGCCGCCGGCCGCGACGGAUUCGAGCUGUACAUAUAGUUAGCCUAGCCUAGCAAUUUUUUCUACUUCCCCUUUUGAGAUUUACUCCCUUCCAUUCA